AUGUCAGAGCUUGGCACGAAUCCUAAGCUCCCCACCUGGGAUGGUGAUUGGCGCACGUUUUCUGAUUACAAGCUGGCAUGUUGGCUGGAGUAUGAUGGCCUGAAGCCGGAUGAUCAGGUUACCCUGGCACCAAGGUUGACUCGCAACCUGACUGGAAAGGCCUGGGAGGCGUGUGCCGAUAUCGACAGGGAGAAGCUUCGCAAGGAGAAGGGCCUAGAAUAUCUUCUUGAAUUUCUGAAAGGGAAGCGUGGAAAGCAGCAAGUGGAUAUUCUUGGCGAAGCCUUCGAGAAGUACUUCCAAUCAGGUGAAGUGGUGCGAAAGGAUAAAGAGAGUCUGAACGACUUUGAGCAACGCCUUGCCGUUUUCACUCGAGACAUCGAACGAGCCCUAACUGAGCUGGGAGUGACUGACAAG